GAGCCAAUCUCUCUUAAACACAUACAUACAAUCCCAAUGCCAAUACCGCUCACGCAACCGACAACUUUGCUUGGUCUCUUCUCCCGUUUCCUCUUUCUAUUGACUUGUUACUUGUUUCCUGCCAACUGCUCGUACCAACCAUUGUCUCCUCUUGAUCCCUUGUACUGGCAUUAAUCACUAAUCACUAGUUAAUCAUUAAUCAUUAAUCCUUAAUCAUUCAACCAUCAGCCGUUCCACAUGCUCUCACCACCAAUCUAUUAUACGCCUUACGCUCUUGAUCGUAUUCCUUGAAACCUUCCGAGAGCUCCAUCGCCAUCGCACAGAACAAUUGAAAGGGGCAAAAAGAAGAAAAAGAAAUCCCCCCCCUUCCCCCAAACUCAAACCCCCCAAGAGUUCUCCACAUCCAGAAAGAACGAGAUCUCGGAAAGAAGAACAUUCGUCUCGUCUAGUCCCUGCUGCAAGGUGCGGUGUUCAAGACAACUUGUGUACAACGACCCACACCUAAAGAAAAUCAUGCAAGCAACCGCCUUGAACGACGAACGACGAAGCCUGUAACAGGGCGUCACUCGAAACAGCUUGCAUGACCUUUCACCUUCUCUUGAUUCCCAGUCGAUUAUGUUUCAACCUCUCUUAUGCUUGUAGACCAUCUCUCUUUUAAGGUCUCUUGUGAGCAAUGCGCCUGCGAUUUCCUCAUUAAAAUAAUACACCUCUAAUCAGCAAACAUAAUCAAACAUGGAGAGCACAACAGUUAUGACUCCUUCGACCUCGAGGCUCGCUCCUCCAUUACUUCACCCAAGAUCUGCUUCAAGAGCAAGAUCCCCCAAUAGAUCCUCAAGUCGAUCACAUAUUGCCGAUGACCUCCUAUCCGACCUCACGCCCACCACAACCCUGCAAGCUUUCACUUCCCCAACCGGCAAAUUGAAGACGAGCAUCGAAGCUGCAUCGCCGGCGGAUCGAGCAUUCGGCAUACGCGCAACCUUAGCAUCCAAGAAAGUGCAAGAAUGGUUGGAUGAAUUAUCAGAUUGGCCAUGGCCCCAAACCGGAGGAUCGGCAGGAUUCGAAGCUCCUGACGCUUCAAAGAGCAUAAGAGUAUCACCACCAAAGUCGGACAAUGGCGCGGAACAACAGGAUGAAGAAGAUACCGAGCCGCAGUACUGUGGGAGUCUGCUGUUCGAUCAGGUUGUGCGAUAUGAGUACCGGAUAGAAGAAAUUGGAGAGGGUAUGGAUGAUUUGAAGGUGGAGGAGAUAAAACGACAGGUUUUGGACACACACUUUUCGGUGAACUCUCGAUCCUCUUCGCCUUCUAACAUUGCCAUUCCCGCCUUCCUUGCCUCGUAUCCGAUGAUGGAUGAUUUCACAGCUAUAGUUACCGCCACGGUAUUGCAGGCAUUACCGAAUCUGGCGAAAUUGACGCGUUUAUUGGAUAUAUGGGGCAUUCGUCUUUCUGUACUUCGAAGAGUGCCGCCGCUGUUGCUAGGGUUGGAUGAUGCGGAGAUGGCAUUGAAUUCGGGAUGGCAGGCUAUAAAGAUGGCAGGGGCAAAUGCUGCUGGUUCUGGUGAAAUGGCGGAUACGGUUCUUUCUCGACAAACUUUCGAAGUCAUGAAAAAUGUUUUACAGGCCAAAGUCACGAUUCUUGGGAGAGAUCUGGAUUACAUGCUGGAUACUUUGGAAGGCAGGAUGGAUACCUUGCCAGAUAGUUGGUUGGACAGGAUGGAAAACCUCGAACGCGAUUAUGGCGAAUGGGUCGUUUCAGCAGAUCGUAAAAUUACAGAUGGAGAAUUGGCCGCAAUUGCGACUGUGCAGGCCAAAAGUGCUAGAGCAUCUGCGAUCAAAAAUGGUACAGUGGAAGGAGAUGUGAAUGUUCACGAAGCGGUGCCUACUACUCCCCUUCAACCAGAGUCUAUGAACACACCCAAUAGGUUAUUGUCUACACCGGCGAAAACACCAAAUCUAUGCACUGCUCAAGUGCCAGACCAUGAAGCUACGCAAACUUUAAUUUCGAAAAGCCCAUCUCCCCCUCAAACACCAUCUCCAUUAUUAGAUUCUCAGCCCUGGCAACAGACUGGCAGCGGUGCGCUUUCACGUACUCCUUUAACUCGCUCGUCUAGCGUCAGAAGCUUCACCAAAGUUCCCAAAUUCGGACAUACUUUCGCAAAUGCAUUGAGACGUACCAUUUCGAAUGACGAAUCACCACAAACCUCGAGUCAUGAUUUACACGUCACAGCCCCCCAAAUAUCUAUACGACCAUCAUCAGCCAUUCUUGAUAAAUUCCCAAGUCCAACUAUGAGCCCCCCUACAGGAUCUGGAUUGGCAAGAUUGCGUAGUUUGAGCUCACCCCAUAUCAUCGGCAUAGAACGGGGAUUCUUUGCUUCCCAGGAUUCAAUCACUUCGCCAAAGAAAGAUGCUGUCUUGAAUGCGCCAGCUUCUAGCAUUGCUUUAGCGAAACAACUGGGUAUUUCUUCUACAUCCCACGAAUCGGCACAGAAUAGUCAUGCAAAAGCUCAAAAUCUGAAGGCAUCAGCAUAUUUAUCUAGCGCCUCUCGCAAUUCUACAAUAGCUAGCAGCGAUGGUGCUUCAGAGAGUGCCCAAAGGUUUAAUCCUGAUGCGAUGGAAUUCGAUCUGUUAAAUGCACAAAUGGAAGCCCGCAGGCCUUCCAUAAUUGUUGAUGGUAGUCAAAGCAAUCAUACUCGUGGUAGUGAUGCUUCAGAUGAUUCACUCUCGGACCGUUGCGAAUCUAAAAUGACACCAGAGGCUAGUCCAAGCCCUGUCGAUCAUGACUCUGAUGGUGCAUCUACGGUAACAUUUGAAGAUUUCCCCCUCCCACAAAAAUGGUCACAUGAUCUUCAGAAAUAUGAUAACACUCCACCUGGGUCUCCACCAGGGGUUCCAACCAAAGCUAUACGCCGCCCUCGUAAACUUCUCGAAAGUCCUGAUUUCUCUCACUUGAUAUCCACAUCUGAUGAUUCUUCUUUUUUUCCUAGUGGCAAUGCUCUCGAAUCUAUCCCUGCCUCGCCCGUCAGCAACAACAGCGAUGACCAACUGCAACAACAAAUUAGUUCUUUACUUCAAUCAAUUCCAGCGCAUAUUCGGCUUCGCUCCGAACCAGAAGAAAAGCAAGAUACUAAAGGAGUUCGUACUCGGAAGACUCGUCGCUCGGUUACUCCCUCGAUGCCUGCAGUUCGUUCGCAAUCUUCAAUUGGCAGCUUACGUGCCCCAACUCCAUCAUUUACACUUGCUCCUGCGUAUGCGAAGAGUGGCACUCCUCGUCACAGACCUCAGAACGGUAAUCCAGAGAUUAAAGUUUAUCAUCUAUCUAGGUCAAGUGGUGAAAAGCCAAUUAAGCUUUUUGUUCGCCUAGUGGGUGAGAAUGGUGAAAGAGUCAUGGUACGUGUUGGAGGUGGUUGGGCCGAUCUUGGAGAAUAUCUCAAAGAAUAUGCAAGUCAUCAUGGACGAAGAGCGCCAGUGGAUAACGAUAAAGUCGAGGUUCAAGAUUUACAAUCACGUAUUCCAUCUGGGGGUUCUACUGUUCGUGAUAAUGGACGUACUACGCCUGGACCUGGUCGUAACACACCUGGUCCUCGUUCUGCAUCUGCGAUGAGUGUUCGUCCAUCAACUGCCGUUGAUCGACCCAAAUCAUCCCUCGGUGUUCGCAAAACAAGAAAGUCUACAUUCUCUUCUUCUGAUGCGGUACCUCCCCUUCCAGCUACACCAUUUGCUGAAGUUCAACGUGAACCAAAUACCAAUGAUACACCUCAAUCAGCCGUCUCUAGAAGUUCCUCAAGACUAGAUUGGAAUGAAGAAGAUACUUCAUUGGGUCUUGCUGGACCAAGAGGUAAACAAAAGGAAUUAGAUCAAAAGGAUCUAGAAUGGGUUGAAGGUAUGAAGGAGAAAGUCAUGUUGGCAAGUACGGAGAAGGAGAAGGAAAGACGUAAAGGUGGUCAUAGACAAAGUUUGGGAGAAAUGGAUAAAGUUGGAGGUACUAAGAGAUUGUUCAGGAAAACUUCAAGGCUAGAGAUGUAAGUGAAGUGGACAAGUUCUCACCUUCUUGCAUUGCGAUCGGAUUAUUGUUUUAUUAUUGCAUAGCGUGCGUUGCUUGCUUCUUAGGAAAGGAAAGGCUUCAUUUCAUUUGUAUGGAGUGGAGAUGGAGGAUACUGAGUUACGGAAUGGAUUGAUGCAUCGGUAUAGCACAAUGAGGGUCUAGCUGGCUAGCAUGGUCAUGAUAUGAUAUGACAUGCACGAUGGACUAGCGGAUACAUUAUAUGUUUUCUCUUGUCUUUCUUUCGCUUGGGAUAUAUUUUUCAUGGGGAAUAGGAUGGAUGGAUGGAUGGUUUGGUGGGAUAGGAUGGGAUAAGACGGGAUUGAUUCACGGGCAAGUUAUUGCAUCGUUUGUCGAAUUGGGAUAAGUCGGGUCGGAUAAGAUAGAGUAUAGCAAAUCAUGGAAGGACAGAACAAAUAGAGAACUUGGACUCGAGAUACUCGAGGAGAUGGGUACUUGAGGCCUGGAAGAGCGCACGCACUUUAGAUAUGGAAUAUAAAUACCCCCUUUUUUGUUUCUUGCA